AGCUGGAAGCUGACUCGACUCCAAAAUUGCUCAUCAUUUUUGUUGCGCCGCUUAUGUUAGGUUGUUGGUGUGAGCUUCUUCUUUUUUAUUUUUUAAGUUUUUUGGCUCUCUAUUUUGUACAAGGAGUUUCUCUUGAACUCUAUGGACUUUUGGGCUAUUGAUUUAUUUGAAUCCAUACAUUAAUUAUUUUUUUUAUUAAUAAAUGUAAUUAAAAGCUCUAAAGGAGCAAAGGAAGUGCCCUUAUCGAUAUGUCACAAAUGUUUAACUUUUUCAGAAAAAAAAAAAUCUCAAAUGAACGUUAUUUUAGAGUAAGGCAUCAGCCUAAUGGUCAACACGCACCUGCGCGUCUUUGGACAGUCGUGCGCACCUUUCUGUGUUUGCGGAUGCUUUCCUUUGCGGCUGUUUGUCAGGAACACUCACUGCUGUGAUGUUGACGGCUGUGGGAAGGGGUUGUUAUUUGCUGAUGACUUAUCACCAGAGAGGGGAAAAGGGGGCGGAGAGACGGGGAGAGGAGGGGUUACAACUCCGCCGAACAUCCUGCAAACACGUCCCAGACUCGGAGCAGAACCGCGCGCUCCUCCAUCACCUCCUCCUCCUCCUCCUCCCAUGUCGGGAUGAACCCCUCCAGCUGACGCCGUGUAGGUGCGUGAGCCGCUCUGGCGGCGGUGGGACAUCCGGAAUGGGGAAUCCGUAGGUGGAGACGACGCAGUUUGGAAGCGAGAGCGCAGGAGAUGGACUUCAAGAAGACUAAAUUCGGAAGAUUCAUGAACUGCAGGGUUCCAUCCAGUAAGAGGUACCAGCCCACUGAAUACGAGCACGCUGCAAACUGCGCCACGCACGGGGUGAGCCCAACAGAAACGCAUGACGGGUCCUGAUGCGGAAAGAGAAGGUUUUUUUUUUUGGCAGAGUGAUGGAGGCAGUGGGCCAUAAUCUUUAUGGAUCCUUCCCAGCCUGAUGGGUGGAUCUGUCCUCUACUUCCUUUCCGCCGACCAAUGGCAUCGAAUCAGUGCCUGGCUCUACGGCAUCGGCCUCACCGGCCUUUUUGUCACUUCAACUCUCUUCCACACGGCCGCCUGGAAGAUCAGCCACCUCCGGAGGGUGGAGCAGCGCUUUCACAUGUGUGACAGAAUGGCCAUCUACUACUUUAUUGCAGCUUCCUACUCUCCCUGGCUGAUGCUGAGGGAGCUGGGCCCGUGGACGUGUCACAUGCGUUGGCUCAUCUGGGUCAUGGCUUGUGUGGGAUCCGCAUACGUCUUCUUUUUCCACGAGAGGUACAAGCUGGUGGAGCUGCUGGGAUACGUGGCCAUGGGGGCUGUUCCGGCGUUGGUCAUUCUCUCCAUGGUGGACCGAGCAGGUGUGUGUGAACUGGCAGUGGGAGGAGUCUUCUACGUGGUCGGCGUUGUCUUCUUCAAGAGCGACGGCCUCAUCCCCUUCGCCCACGCCAUCUGGCACCUUUUCGUGGCGGCUGGCGCAGCCGUUCAUUACUACGCCAUCUGGAGGUACCUGUACUCACCUGGGCCGUCGCUGCAGACGUCCAGGUGACGUUCACCCAGCUGUCUGAACUGCCAACUGUAUCAAACGGACUCGAGGACAUUUUUGGGUUUGACAGCUGAACAGUUGGGGUCAUGCUGGUAACAAUUAGCCUCAAGAGCACUAAGACUCACUUUAAUUCAACUUUGUGUGUUGAAUACACUCAAAUAAGGACUGAUAUUUGCAGACUGAUCAGUGGAGAGUUUAUAUUUAUAAAAAUAUGACUAAGAGUAGCAUUUAUAUGGAGACGGUCCAGAUUUAGCAUCUUUAGAGGCACUGGAACAACUGAUCAUUUCACAAAGGAAGUGAGGUUUUCUCACUGGGAUGUUUGUAGAUCUUAUAUUUUAUUAAAUCAGCUCAAAAUAUGAAAAUAUAAAAAAAACCUGAUCGCCUUUAAGAAUAAUUUUCUUUUGCUGGUCAAUAAUUCCUAAAAGUGCGUCCUCAAAGAAAUUAUUUGUCCUUUUGUGAGGAUACGGACCAAACCCUGCUGGAAAAUGAAGAGUAUUUUCUUGAAGCCUCUUGGUAGUCCGAUGGAGCUGAUAAAACACCAGCUGAUGAUUCUUCUCUAUAAAGCCCCACAAUAGAGCCGAAGAAACGUCCACGCCUCUCCUUUCUUCUUCAGACAGUGCCUCUUGGAUUUUCACAAUAAAACACACUUUUAUCCAAAACUAUAACUUUGGAUCCCACAUGAACAUUCCAGAUCUUUGGAUCAAACUCUUGAACUUCCUACUCUAGCUGCAGCAUUUUAUUAUCCUGAUCCUUGAAUGUGCUCUUUUUCCAACCCCUGCUGCUUGUUCAUCUUUCAUUUUUAUCUUUUUGUUCAACUUCCUAUGAAUGUCCACACAGAUGAUCUUUGGUUUUUCCAUCCUUUUUGCAAUAACCCUGACAAACUUGUCGUCUACCUCAGGAUUAUGAGAGAAUUUUUUGGGAUUAUGAGUCUAGCAUGGCACUGUUAUAAAAAAAAAAAAACAUUACCUUCUGAGAAAUAAAGCAUUUAAAUUAAUUCAUAAAACAAAUCGAUGCUGUGAUGCAUUGAGCUGCAUGUGGCAAUCAGAUGUCUUAAACACAAAUAUGGAGUCAACUUUCAUGUAUUUAUUUUUCCUGGUGUUACCACGAGUGCCUGCAGCUUUUGGACCUAUGCUGCAGCUAGAGUUAGCUUGAGUCCUGCUGCGCUCACAGAUAACAAGAAAAAAUGACCAGUAACUGUAUCACAGUGGAGACAUCAGAACGUCACUUUCUGCUCUUCAUGUAAAACAUCUCAUCUUUGGGUUUCUUUCUUCAAUCACUGUUAACUUCAUGGAGUGUUGUGCCAUGACGCACCACACACACGGAUUCUGCUGAAAAUAUUCUAAGUUAAACUGAUCAUGGAGGAAUUAUUUAUUAUUUUUAGGAGCAAAUCCUGAGCUGUAAUCUGAGUUCACAGCCAGAGCAGUUUUAUCUGAGCGACGCACCAACGUGAACCAACCGUUAAAGGAAGACGGUGGCGGUUUUUGGAGUUAUUUGGUUCUUAUUUGUUCUUUGAAAUCUCUAAAGUUUGAGGUCAUCAGUUAACCCAGAUAGGAGAGACCCGAGCUCUGCAACCUGAGAAAUAUAUGCAGCUCCUUUAUCCCUAUAAUGUUCAAAGCUCUUUGGCUUUGAACAAAAAUGCACAUUUGUAGUUUUGGUUUAUUUGUUUUAGGUAAAUACAUUUUGUUUUCAGAUUUUUCUCAUAUAACUGAGCAAAAUUAUCUGCUGCUCAUCUGUUCAGAGGCAAGUAUUAGUAUUAGUCGUAUAAUUAGUAUUAGUCGACUAAUCAGGUCAUGCGUGAACUGGAUGUAAAACACAUCUUAACUAUCGUUAGCUUUAACUUGAAGUGUUUCAGCUAUAUGCUAACUAAAAAUAAAGACAAUAGUUAAACUUUUAAUGAAUCAUGAAGAGUCUUUCCUUCAUUAGUUUCUGGCAUUAAAACAAGAUUAAAUCAACUGAGGUUCGCAUAUGAAACAAAGGAACUAUAUUUCUCAAAAAGUAAAGUUUCCAAAUAUAAAAAAGUUCAUUUUGUGAUGAUAAGCUCACAGCUGUAUUCAACUUCACUACAUCGUAGUUUUGAAAUAAAAAAAAGCCAAAAAAAAAACAACCAGUCGACUACUAAAUUAGUCAUUGACUGACUUGUUUAUGUUUGAUAGUAAAAUAUGAAAAAUAAUGUAAUUGCUCCAAAGUCAUAAUAAUAGAAAAUGUCAUGUUUGACUGGAUUUUAAUUUCAUUUUUAAUUCAAGAAAAUCUGCUGCAGACGGAGGAUUGUUUUGUCUUUUAUUUUGAAAGGAACUUGCAUGUGCUGCUGUCAAAAGCAACGGAAGUUCAACUUGGUAUUUAUGGAAAUGUAACUUUUGUAAAUUUCUAAAAGCUAUAAAGUUUUUCCUCUGAACUUCACUGGGUUUUGGUUAAAGGUUGCAGACCUCUGGGAAAGACCGUAUUGUAAACACGAACUGAACGUUGAGUUCUGCGGCCUCAGCUCACUUAUGCACUCUUAACCGAGCACUUCAACGACGACGACCUGGAGCUUCAAACCUCCAACAUGAAUGCAGAUCGUAUGUGAUCCCUGUUUAACUGAGAGAGCACUGAACUGAUCACAUCUGCUGCUGAACCCUAGAGAGCACUAACUCAGGAAGUGAAUGUUUUUAAUCAUUUUUAUUAAAACUUCUAUUUUGUAAAAGGAUCUAUUUCUGUGAAAUCAAUAAAAAGAACAUUUAUUAUGAA